GAUGCUCAUGAUGCUGCCAUUUUAUCAGCACAUUUUCACAAACAUCACUUUAUCGCUAAUCAUGAGAUCGUCAAUAUGAAUUUACAAAGAAUUUAUGGGCAUUCUGAAACUAACAGAUCUUAACGCAAACGCCCCAGUCGAUUAUGUUCAUUCGUUUGUUCAGUUAGUGCGGGACUAGUUGCACAUUUAUCCUCAAAAACAUUCGGGUGUGCUCGGAUGCCUUGCUUGGGAACGCCACGGUAUUAUACGCUUUCUGACUGAAAGACAGCGAAGAAUAUGGGGCUUGCCAUCCUCAGACACUGAGAAGCAUAACCAAGAUCAAAUAAGAUAUGGAAGCUAUAUGGCUGUACCAGUUCCGGCUGAUUGUCAUUGGCGACUCGACGGUGGGGAAGUCUUGUUUGAUCAGACGCUUCACAGAAGGACGUUUUGCACAGGUGUCUGAUCCUACUGUUGGCGUGGACUUCUUCUCUCGUCUGGUAGAGAUUGAACCAGGCAAACGCAUCAAGCUUCAGAUCUGGGACACGGCAGGCCAAGAGAGAUUCAGAUCUAUCACAAGGGCUUAUUAUCGUAAUUCAGUGGGUGGCCUUUUGCUUUUCGACAUCACCAACAGCCGCUCCUUCCAGAAUGUCCACGAGUGGCUGGAGGAAGCACGCAGUCACGUGCAGCCGCACAGCAUUGUCUUCUUACUGGUCGGCCACAAGUGUGACCUGGAGCAGCAGCGGCAGGUGAGCCGGCAGGAGGCAGAGAAACUGGCAGCCGCUUACGGCAUGCGCUACGUGGAGACCUCCGCGCGCGACGCCAUAAACGUAGAGAGGGCCUUCACGGAGCUGACGCGCGAUAUCUACGAUUUAGUCAAAAGUGGUGAGAUCACCAUCCAGGAGGGCUGGGAGGGUGUUAAGAGCGGUUUCGUGCCCAACGUGGUGCACUCAUCCGAGGAGGUGACCAAGAGCGACCGCCGCUGCCUCUGUUGAUCAAGUGACUUCUGUAUCAUGCUCCUUCACUGCAAAACCAGUGCUUUCGUUCUCCCUUAGCUUGACAACCCACAGAUACUCUCGCCCCCUCAAUCAAUGUUUCCUGCUUUCAUAGUUACUUCAGAUAAAGUUCCUAUUCUCUUCAAAUAAUGAGCGAGAUAUCAGCAAAUGUGAAUUUCCUGGAGCUUUGGCAAGUCUUCUUGGUCAAUCUGGCAGGAUGGAACCUAGAGAACUGAGUUGUGGGAGUAAAAAAAAUGCAGAAACACUGAUCCUUUGGAGCAAAGACUGAUCCGAAAGUUUACACCAAAAGUUCACCUAGAAAUGAUGGAUCAUUUGGGAGCAUGUACAGGAGGAACACACCAAUCCAAAUAUCCCAUUGGACUAAAUAGCUCCUAAUGUGUUCACUAAAGAUACUCAUUAAUAUCCUAUUUUU